CACUACCUACGUGGAUUCGUAGAUUAGCACACCCCCCCCCCACCCUCCAAAGCCCUAACGCUGAACAGCUGAAUAUAAUUUAUAUAUGUCUAGUGUUAAGCAGUGUACAUUUUCUUUCCCUGCCUUCAGCACGAGGACGGCACAUUACACGCAUCGUUGUACACUACAAUUACUUUUGUACCAAGUUUUGUGGUCAUUAUUUUUAGCCAGCGCAGUUUAAAGCCUUCCUGUGCUCAAGGACGAGUAGGCCAUUAUUUGAACAAUACCACGUGACAGCUAAAUUUAUAUUUUUCCUAGCUGUCAACGUCCGAGUUUUAGACUGAUGUGUUUUGAAUACUUCGGAGACACACAUCCCCCACGCAACACAGAAUAAUUUCGAAAGAAAUUCAGCGAGCCAUUGUUGGGGGUCAAAGUUCAAUUAUCAUUUUUUUUUUUUAAUCUACCACGCGGGCAUCAGACGACGGACAUACUGCGAACUUCAUUGAUCUUCUCUGCGUUAAAGGUAAGCUGGUGUCAGUUCUUUGUUGUCAAACGACAGCUGUGUGUUUUUUGUUGAAGUUUUUUUUCUUUUCUUUUGUUGGUUUAGUAUCUCUUAACGUUUAGAUUACCUACAAUAAAAACUAACCUAAAAACUAACUUUAAAAAAAAAUACUUUACAACAAAAAAAAAUAAUAAAGCAUUAAAAAUCAAUAUAUUACAGUUAAUCUAGCAUUAAUAUCAGCAAAUUAUAUUGCCUAAAUGAUGUUUUCGCUUUGUUAAUAUGUCAUUCAUGGGAGUCACUGAUCGUUAUCCAUUUUCCUGUAAAAUCAUUGCUGCUUACUAUUAGAACCUUAGUAAAAUGAAAUUCCCGUCCCGUUACUCCACCCCCUGUCAAGGGGCUCCCCCAACCUCUGUCCACAUACUACCCUAACCUUGUCCACAUACUACCCUACUCCUUGUCAACAUACUACCCUACCCUUUGUCCACAUACUACCCUACCCCUUGUCAAAAUACUACCCUACCCCUUGUCCACAUACUACCCUACCACUUGUCCACAUACUACCCUAACCUUGUCAACAUACUACCCUAUCCCUAGUCCACAUACUACCCUACCCCUUGUCCACAUACUACCCUACUCCUUGUCCACAUAAUAACCGACACCUUGUCCACAUGCUACCCUACUCCGUGUCCAAUACUACCCUAAUCCUUGUCCACAUACUACCCUAACCUUGUCAACAUACUACCCUACCCCUUGUCCACAUACUAUCCUACCCCUUGUCCACAUACUACCCUAACCUUGUCAACACACUACCCUUCCCUUUGUCCACAUACUACCCUAAACUUGUCAACAUACUACCCUACUCCUUGUCCACAUACUACCCUACCCAUUUUCCACAUACCACCCUAACCUUGUCCACAUACAACCCUAACCCUGUCCACAUACUACCCUACCCCUUGUCAACAUACCACCCUAACCUUGUCAACAUACUACCCUAACCUUGUCCACAUACUACCCGACAUCUUGCCAACAUACUACCCUACCCCUUGUAUACAUACUACCCUACCCCUUGUCCACAUACUAACCUAACCUUGUCAACAUACUACCCUACUUCUUGUCCACAUACUACCCUAACCUUGUCUACAUACUGCCCUAUCCCUUGUCCACGUACUACCCUACCCCUUGUCCACUUACUACCCUACGCCUUGUCCACAUACUACCCGACACCUUGUCAACAUACUACCCUACUCCUUGUCCACAUACUACCCUACCCUUUGUCUACAUACUACACUACUCCUUGUCCACAUACCACCCACUACUUGCAAACAUACUAUUCUACUCCUUGUCCACAUAGUACCCUACCCCUUGUCCACAUACUACCCUAACCUUGUCAACAUACUACCAUACUUCUUGUCCACAUACUACCCUAACCUUGUCAACAUACUACCCUAAACUUGUCAACAUACUACCAUAACCUUGUCGACAUACUACCCUACCCCUUGUCCACAUACUAGCCUACCCUUGUCAACAUACUACCCUAUCCUUUGUCCACAUACUACCAUAAACUUUUCAACAGACUACACUACUCCUUAUCCACAUUACUACCCUAUCCCUUGUCCACAUACCACCCUAAGCUUGUCCACAUAAUACCCUAACCUUGUCCACAUACUACCCUACCCCUUGCCAACAUACUACCCUAACCUUGCCAACAUACUACCCUAACCUUGUCCACAUACUACCCUAAACCUUGUCAACAUUCUACCCUAACUUUGUCAACAACUUAUACCCUACCCCUUGUCCACAUACUACCCAAACCUUGUCCACAUGCUUCCCUACCCAUUGUCCACAUACUACCCUAACCUUGUCAACAUACUACCCUACCCUUUUUCCACAUAUUACCCUACCCCUCGUCAUCAUACAAUCCUACGACUCGUCAACAUACCACCCUAACCUUGUCCACAUACUACCCUACCCCUUGUCAACAUACUACCCUAACCUUGUCAACAUACUACCCUAACCUUGUCAACAUACUACCCUACCACUUGUCCACAUACUACCAUAACCUUGUCAACAUACUACCCUACUACUUGUUCACAUACUACCAUACCCAUUGUUCACAUACUACCCCAACCUUGUCAACAUACUACCCUACCAUUUGUCCAAAUACUACCCUAAACUUGUCAACAUACUACCCUUCUCCUUGUUCACAUACUACCCUACCCCUUUUCCACAUACAACCCUAACCUUGUCCACAUUAUACCCUAACCUUGUCCAUAUGAUACCCUACCCCUUGUCAACAUACUACCCUAACCUUGUCAACGUACUACCCUAACCCUGUCCACAUACUACAUUAAACCUUGUCCACAUAUUACCCAAAACUUGCCAACAUACUACCAUAACCUUGUCCACAUACUACCCUACCCCUUGUCCAGAUACUACCCUACCCCUUGUCCACAUACUACCAUACCCCUUGUCCACAUACUACCCUACCCCUUGUCCACAUACUACCCUACCCCUUGUCAACAUACUACCCUAUUCGUUAUCCACAUACUACCCGACACCUUGCCCACAUGCUACCCUUCUCCUUGUCCAAUACUACCCUACUCCUUGUUCACAUAAUACCCUAUUCCUUGUCACCAUUCUACCAUACCCCUUGUUCAUAUACUACCCUAACCUUGUCGACAUACUACCCUACAUCUUGUCCACAUACUACACUAUUCCUUGUUCACAUACUACCCUAACCCUUCUCCACAUACUACACUUACCUUGUCCACAUACUACCCUAACCUUGUCAACAUACUGCCCUACUCCAUGUCCACAUACUACCGCAACCUUGUAAACAUACUCCCCUACCCCUUGACCACAUACUACCCUAACCUUGUCAACAUACUACCCUACCCUUUGUCCACCAACUACCCUAAACUUGUCAAAAUACUACCCUACUCCUUGUCCACAUACUACCCUACCCCUUGUCCACAUACCACCCUAACCUUGUCCUCAUACUACCCUAAUCCUUGUCCACAUACUACCUGACACCUUGUCCACAUAUCACCCUACCCCUUGUCCACAUACUACCCGACACCUUGUCCACAUACUACCAUAUUCCUUGUUCACAUACUACCCUAACCUUUGUUCACAUACAACCCUUACCUUGUCCACAUAACAACCCUAAUCUUGUCAACAUACUACCCUACCCAUUGUCCACAUACUACUUACCCCUUGUCCACAUACCACCCUAACAUUGUCCUCAUACUACCCUACCCCUUGUCCACAUACUACCCUACUCCUUGUACACAUACUACCCUACCCCUUGUCCACGUACUUCCCUACCCCUUGACCACACAGUACCCUACUCCUUGUCAACAUAAUACCCGACACCUUGUCAACAUACUACCCUACUCCUUGUCCAAAACAACCCUAUUCCUUGUCCACAUACUACCCUAAACUUGUCCUCAUACUACCCUACCCCUUGUCCACAUACUACCCUACUCCUUGUUCACAUACUACCCUACCCUUUGUCACGUACUUCCCUACCCCUUGACCACACACUACCCUACUCCUUGUCAACAUAAUACCCGACACCUUGUCAACAUACUACCCUACUCCUUGUCCAAAACAACCCUAUUCCUUGUCCACAUACUACCCAACCCCUUGUCCACAUACUACCCUACACCUUGUCCACAUAAUACCCUAUUCCUUGUUCACAUACUACCCUAACCUUUGUCCACAUACAACCCUUACCUUGUCCACAUACAACCCUAACCUUGUCAACAUACUAUCCUACUCCUUGUCCACAUACUACUAUAACCUUGUCAAAAUACUACCUUACUCCUUGUCCACAUACUACCCGAACCUUGUCAACACACAACCCUACCCUUGUCCACAUACUACCCUAACCUUGUCAACAUACUACCCUACUCCUUGUCCACAUCCUACCCUAACCUUGUCAACAUACUACCCUACUUCUUGUCCAGAUACUACCCUAACCUUGUCAACAUACUACCCCAUCCCUUGUACGCAUACUACCCUACCCUUUGUCCACAUACUACCCUACUCCUUGUCCACAUACUACCCGACACCUUGUCCACAUACUACCCUACUCCUUUUCCAAUACUACCCUACUCCUUGUCCACAUACUACCCCAACCUUGUCAUCAUAUUACCCUAACAUUGUUCACAUACUACCCUAAACCUUGUUCACUUAAUACAAUAACCUUGUCAACAUACUACCCUACCCCUUGUCCAUAUACUACCCUAUCCCUUGUCCACGUACUACCCUAACCUUGUCAACAUACUACCCUACUCCUUGUCCACAUACUACUCUACCCCAUGUCCACAUACUACCCUACCCCUUGUCUACAUACUAGCCUUAUCUUGUCCACAUACUACCAACUCCUUGUCAACAUACUACCCUACCCCUUGUCCACAUACUACCGACUCCUUGUCCACAUACUACCCUAACCUUGUCAACAUACUACCAUAGUUCUUGUCCACAUAUUACCCUACCCCUUGUCCACAUACUACCCGACCCCUAGUCCACAUACUACACUAACCUUGUCAACACACUACCCUACUCCUCGUCCACAUACUAACCUACCACUUGUCCACAUACUAACCUAACCUUGUCAACAUACUACCCUACUCCUUGUCCACAUACUAACCUAUCACUUGUCCACAUACUACCCUAACCUUGUCAACAUACUACCCUAACCUUGUCAACACACUACACUAACCCAUGUCCACAUAAUACCCUAACCUUGUCAACAUACUACUUUAACCCUGUCCACAUACUACCCUAAACUUGUCAACAUACUACCCUAACCUUGUCCACAUACUCCCCUAACCUUGUCCACAUACUACCCUAACCUUAUCAACAUGCUACCCUAACCCUGUUAACAUACUACCCUAACCUUUUCCACAUACUACCCUAACCUUGUCCUCAUACUACACUAUCCCUUGUCCACAUACUACCCUAAAAUUGUCAACAUACUACCCGAACCUGGUCCACAUACUAUCCUACACUUUGUGCACAUUAUACCCUAACCUUUUCAACAUACUACCCUACUCCUUGUGCACAUACUAUCCUACCACUUGUCCACAUACUACCCUACCACUUGUCCACAUACUACCCUACCACUUGUCCACAUACUACCCUACCCCUUGUCCACAUACUACCUUACCACUUGUCCACAUACUACCCUACCCCUUGUCAACAUACUACCCUAACCUGGUCCACAUGCUACCCUAACCUUGUCAACAUACUACCCAACCUUGUCCACAUACUACCGUACUACUUGUCCACAUACUACCCUACCACUUGUCCACAUACUACCCUACCAUUUGUCCACAUACUACCCGACCCCUUGUCGACCUACAACCCUAUCACUUAUCCACAUACUACCCUAUUUUUGUCAACAUACAUUCUUACCUCUUGUCCACAUACUACCUUAACCUUGUCCACAUACUACUCAACUUCUUGUCCACAUAUUAGCCUAACCCUUGUCCACAUUUUACCCUACCCUUCCUCCACAUACUACCUACCCCUUGUCCACAUACUACCCUACCCCUUGUCCACAUACUACCCUACCACUUGUCCACAUACUACCCUACCCUUUGUCCACAUACUACCCUAACCAUGUCCACAUUCUACUCUAUCUCCUGACUACAUUGUACUCUACCCUGUCCACAUACUACCCUACCCCUUUUCCACAUACUACACUACCCCCUGUCCACAUAGCAUCCUAACCUUGUCCCCAUACUACCCUUACCAUGUCCACAUACUACGCUCCCUUGCCCACAUUCUACUUUACCCUGUCCACAUGCUUCUCCAUUCCACAUCCGCAUGCUGCCCCGCACUCAUUUCUACAAGUACCCACUCCCCAUUCCCCACUCCCCAACACGAUCAGCACGAUACUACUCAUUUAUCCUACCGAUUCCUCCAACCCUUCCCCUUUUACUCCAUCUCAUGUCCAGUUGAUCUCCCACCCAAUCAUGUCCAGUUGAUCUCCUAGCCGCUCAUGUCCAGUUGAUCUCCCACCCGCUCAUGUCCAGUUGAUCUCCCACCCGCUGAUGUCCAAUGAUCUCCCACCCGCUCAUGUCCAGUUGACCCCCCACCCUCAAUUGUUCGAGCGCAUCGGGUUUCGUCGAGUCUUUCCUCCCAUCAUUAUUUGGGCCUGCAACCAAAGCCGUCGUGUGGGCCUGCAACCAAAGCCAUCGUGUGGGCCUGCAACGAAAGCCUUCGUGUGGGCCUGCAACCAAAGCCAUCGUGUGGGCCUGAAACCAAAGUCGUCGUGUGGGCCUGCAACCAAAGCCGUCAUGGGGGCCUGCAACCAAAGUCGUCGUGUGGGCCUGCAACCCACGCCAUCGUGUGGGCCUGCAACCCAAGCCGUCGUGUGGGCCUGCAACCAACGCCGUCGUGGGGGCCUGCAACCAAAGUCGUCGUGUGGGCCUGCAACCAAAGUCGUCGUGUGGGCCUGCAACCAAAGUCGUCGUGUGGGCCUGCAACCAAAGUCAUCAUGUGGACCUGCAACCAAAGUCGUCGUGUGGGCCUGCAAUCAAAGCCGUCGUGUGGACCUGUAACCAAAGUCGUCGUGUGGGACAUAGUCGUCGUGUGGGCCUGCAAUCAAAGUCGUCGUGUGGACCUGUAACCAAAGUCGUCGUGUGGGCCUGCAACCAAAGUCGUCGUGUGGGCCUGCAAUCAAAGCCGUCGUGUGGACCUGUAACCAAAGUCGUCGUGUGGGCCUGCAACCAAAGUCGUCGUGUGGGCCUGCAACCAAAGCCGUCGUGUGGGCCUGCAACCAAAGCCGUCGUGUGGGCCUGCAACCAAAGUCGUCGUGUGGGCCUGCAACCAAAGUCGUCGUGUGGGCCUGCAACCAAAGUCGUCGUGUGGGCCUGCAACCAAAGCCGUCGUGUGGGCCUGCAACCAAAGCCAUCGUGUGAGCCUGCAACAAAAGGUGCCGUGUGGGCCUGCAACUAAAGCGGCCGUGUGGGCCUGCAACAAAAGUUGUCGUGUGGGCCUGCAACCAGAGACGCCAUGUUGGCCUGCAACCAGAGACGCCAUGUGGGCCUGCAACCAGAGACGCCAUGUGGGCCUGCAAUCCCUGGUUGUGAUGUGUAAACGACUAAGCUACUAACUUUGAGUACAGCUUAUGAAGUAGGCACAAAACGGAUAGUACAAGGUGGCCUUCAAAAGUCACACCACGCCUCUGGGUGCUACGAUGUCUGUUGUGAAAUAUUUGGACACAAAACAUCAAUAUGUGAUAGCAUGUCAAUCUCAUUCUAAGUCUUCUGCUCGCUUAAGUCUCGUCACGCCUCCGACAGUGACAAAAAAAAUACGUCUGAUAUAUAAGGAAGUGGAUAAAUAUAAGUGAGGACCUCUGUAACAGGUCAGACAUGUAUGUGAAAUCGCAUGCUUGUGUUAUGGCUUUUCCUCUGAAAUGUAACGUAGCUUUCGCGUGGUCUCUUUAUGUGUGUUAGUAGCAAUGGCUUGUCUUGUCGUGAUGUAAUGAGGCUAUAGACACAUCUUAAGAAAUCGAAUGCAAAUGUAGCGUGCCUUUCACCCUUAAACAAAUAUCCCCUCUCAUAACUUCUUUUUUCCAUUUUAAUAUGAAUGGCGUAUCGGGUCCCACUCUCCCACACAUCAUUGUUGGGUUUGACUUUGGCCGGUGCCACCUCUGACAUUUCCCCAGUGUAGCACGUAGGCGACCAAGUGACUUACAAAGUCCUCGCUCAAGUAAUUCCCAAAAAUCAAUUUGGGAAUAUCAUCAGUAAUUGUCGUCAGGCGACACACUGCAUUAUGUCAUUGCGUGGGCGUACGAAUCUCAAUCUGGUCGCUGUAUACCUGAGGUCUAUGUUAAUAGUUUAGUUCUAUAGUCAAUAUAAUUUAUUUUUUACACAAUUGUAUCUGUUAUGAAAUAAACAAAAAAGUAUGAGAAUGGCUAACGUUAGACUUUGUUUGUUUUAAAAAUAAAUAUCGAUAUUUAAGUCCAGAUUUGCAAAGAGUUUUUUUUUUUUAUUAACCGAUUGUAUUCAUUAACUACAAAUGAGUUCGUUUUAGUGUUUAUUUCGAAUAAGAGCAAAUCUUGGACCUACCUUGCUUACUCAGAGCUAAAACUGUGGUUGCAUGGCCUACAACUGACGAUUGCUAUCUAGUGAACACGUAAAAAUUUAGCCUACAGUAGUUUUUAUUUCAAAAGGAGAGAAUAAACAGCUCUAUUUUCUAACAUUCGGAAAUAUAAUUGUGUGUAGCUUUAAAGCAUAUAAUAAAGAACACACAGACUACGGAAAAAAGGGGGAGGGGCGCAACUCAAAAGCCAUUAAGUGAUGCAUCUGAAAUUUCAGAGUUCAGAGUUCGGAGUUCAGAGUUCGGGUCUGUUAAAUUUGACAACUGUUUCCCUACGAUGAUCAAACAGGGAAGAGAAUUAAGUGAGCAAAGUAAAGCCAUGAACCGGACUUCUUCUUCAAUAAUUUAAAGUUUUAAAGUAUAAAGUUAUUUGUAUACAUUAAAAUGUUAUGGUUGGGGGGUGGGUGGGUGGGGUUGUAACGUAACCCUCUGCAUCCCGUAGAAGGCGGGCUACUUGACCUAUGCAUCUGUCCCGAGCCACCGUAGAAGGCGGGUUACUUGACCUAUGCAUCUGUUCCGAGCCACCGUAGAAGGCGGGCUACUUGACCUAUGCAUCUGUCCCGAGCCACCGUAGAAGAUAAUCCCUUUAUUACGUCAGUGGGGGAAAUGAAUAAGAUUCGAAAAUAACUGGCUCGUUAAACGUUAUGUGACGCUAAAGUGACCUAGAUGGCUACAGUAAAACCUUAUGUGACGCUAAAGUGUCCUAGAUGGCUACAGUAAAACGUUAUGUGACGCUAAAGUGACCUCUUUGGCUACAGUAAAACAUUAUGUGACGCUAAAGUGACCUCUUUGGCUACAGUAAAACAUUAUGUGACGCUAAAGUGACCUAGAUGGCUAUGGUAAAACGUUAUGUGACGCUAACUUGACCUACUUGGAUGUAGUAAAACCUUAUAAGACCUAUAAAGUGACCUAGUAUGCUAUAGUUAAACUUAAUAUGGCGCCAAAGAGACCUACUAUGCUAUAUAAUAGACUUGCUCACAUUGCUCAAAACCCAACAUCUCAAGUGUCAACAGCGAUCGAUAUCCAGCAGACAUGUGACUUUAUGUCCCACGGGUAUCCAUAACCUGAUCACAUGCAUCAUGUGAACUUAAAGGAAUGUUAUGAUUUGUUGGAACGUUAAUAAAGACGACGAAGUUAUUUACUGUACGAAGUCAGCAUUCAUCUUCACAAACUCCCAAUAGUCAUAGGUAAGAAACCGUCGGAGCUCCUGGAGAGCACGUUGUAAGCCGCCACCACCGCCCCCACCCCUCUUCUAACACCAUGCUAUGAGUAAUCCAGAGAUCUUAAGGCUACCAUCUGUAGAUGUCCAUCAAAUCUUAGAAUAGGACAAACUGAGGCACUCGAAAUUCUGUUCUGUAUUAAUUUACUUCUGCCCCAAAAAUCUGUCUCUUACCUUAAUUGUCCGACAAAGGCAAACCACGUCUGGCGUUUCUGGUUAGAGGCUAGGGCGAGGGGCGGAAAACAUUUUUUGUGUGAAGAGUCAUUUUUUAAAAAAUCCUUUAUAUUUAUAACAACUUCGCUUUUGUGUGUUCAUGACUAAAAUCUUCGGACGACUCAUUGACCUACUUCCUGUCAACCUAUCAUGCUGCAGCUUUGCACUUAGACUCGUUGCCGAUGACAACACAUUGCUAUAACAUUUUCAGGCCCAAACCUCCCCCCCCCCCCCCCCCCCCCAACGCUCAAAAAUAAGUUUUUCCUGUUUUUCAAAGGGAAGUUGAAGGAUAAAGGAUGCCACUGAUUUCAUGAAAUAAAAAUUCACCCAACCCCCCCCCCCCCCCCCCCCCCCCAACGCUCAAAAAUAAGUUUUUCCUGUUUUUCAAAGGGAAGUUGAAGGAUAAAGGAUGCCACUGAUUUCAUGAAAUAAAAAUUCCCCAUAACGUCGCUCAAUAGGGUUUGUCAUUUCUCAGACAGGAAAACGUCACAGCGUUACUAUUCCUAGAACUUCGGACAAAUCCUUCCCACCAAGAGCAGGGGCGCAUGCAACCUUGACCCAUACCAUGGCAAUGUUGUGUCAUCAAAGGAAGGGGGCCCAAAAGAAGCUCGAAGCCUAGGGCCUGGACAUGAGCCAUGGGUUACUAAUGCCACUGAUUAUAGACUAAUACAUAAUUUAGCCUCAUUUCAAAUUAGCCGCAUGCGGCUCAGGAGUCGCGGCUUGCCGACCACUGGGCUUGAGGAUUGGAAAAGGGGGGGGGGCACUUCGACACUUGCUUCUUUUUUUUUCCGGAGCUAACAGUCAUCCUUUUAUUGCAUGGUGUUACUCCUGUAUUUUUUUGUGCCGACACUGUCAUUUUCCUAGAUCCGCCACUGCCUGAUUCUACUAUUGUCUCCUACCAGCUGGGCACGGAUUUAUUGCAUACAAACUGAAAAGAAAAAGCGACUACCCCUGGUUUAAGUGCGAAAUAACCUUCCAUUUUGAAAUCACCGUCUAAGCGUAAAGGGUGAGCUCCCCCGUGCAGCGCAAUGCGGUCAAUCUAUAGCGUGGGUGCGUUGUUGGGUCGUUCUUCCUCGUUAGACAUUUCCAGCCAAGAAUAACCAUAAUUUAAAGGGAGUGAGUGCCAGCAACUGUUGUCAAUCUGUUCAUUGGUUACGAAAAAACAGUUCAUUGGUCACAUGAAACUGUUCAUUGGUCACAUGAAACUGUUCAUUGGUCACAUGAAACUGUUCAUUGGUCACAUGAAACUGUUCAUUGGUCACAUGAAAAUGUGCAUUGGUCACAUGAAACUGUUCAUUGGUCACAUGAAACUGUUCAUUGGUCACAUGAAACUGUUCAUUGGUCACAUGAAACUGUUCAUUGGUCACAUGAAACUGUUCAUUGGUCACAUGAAACUGUUCAUUCCUCCUCCUCCCCAUCCUCAUGCCCCUUAUUCCUUGGACCGUUGGGGCGCCACAGAUGACAUGUGAACCAUCCUCCUCCAUUCCUCUCUGUCUUCAGCACUACGCAGUGCAUCGCCCAGUGUUAGUCCUAUCCACUCUUUGAUGUUAUCCUCCCACCUUUUUCUUUGUCUUCCUCUUCUUCUCCCUCCUCUUGUGGUGCCCUGUAAUAUUUUUUUGGCAAGCCCUUUUUUCCUUGUUACGUGGCCGUACCAUUGUAAUUUGCGUUUUUUCACAGUCACCAGUAGGUCAUCGUACUCCCCUAUUGCCUGACGAACCCUUUCUUUCACUGUAUCAUUGGAGAUAUGGUCCCUAUAGCAGAUGCCAAAAAUGCUUCUGAAGCAUCUCAUCUCCAUCGCCUUUAUUUUCCUUUCAAGAUCAGCUGUUAAUGUCCAGGAUUCGCAAGCAUACAGGAAAAUGGAGAGUACUAAUGAGCGCAUCAGCCUGAUUUUGGUGCUGGGGGCUAUAUUUUUAUCAUUCCAUAUUUUCUUGAGCUUUUUUAGUGCUGUUAUAGUCUGCGCAAUCCUGGACAUCAGUUCGGGCUUGGAGCCUUCUUCUGAGACUAUUGCUCCUAGGUAUUUGAAGCGGCUGACAGUCUCUAAUCUUUCCUCCCAGACCUUAAUUUCAGUGUUGAUGCCUGCGGUAUUAUUUGUCAUCAGUUUUGUCUUUUCGGCACUGAUUAGCAUGCCGUAGGACGACGAGGUCUUAUCGAGAUCCUUUACCAGGUUGUCUAGCUCUUCUUCGUUCCCAGCCAGCACGUCUAUGUCGUCCGCAAAGCGUAGGUUGGUGAUUGUUCUGCCACCAAUGCUGACUGUCCCUUCAUGUGCUUCCAGAGCAUCUGACAUAAUUCUCUCUAGGAAGAUGUUGAAUAAGGUUGGGGAGAGCAAGCAGCCUUGUCGUACUCCAACCGUGGUCUUGAACCAUUCUCCGAUGUUGUUGUUGAGGAAGACUGCACUGGUGGCCUUAUCAUAGAGGUUGCAUAUCAUGCUGGUUAGGUUUGUGUUGAUGUUGUAGUGCCUCAUGGUGGCCCAUAAAGCAGCAUGCCAAACCCUGUCAAAUGCUUUCUUGAAGUCAACAAAGACGUGGUAUAGAUUUUGUUGGUGUUAAGCAUAUUUCUCACAGUAUUCGGAGGUUUAGAAUCUACUCAGUAGUGCCCCGUCAUUGUCUGAAGCCCGCCUGCUCUUCAGCAAUGAUUCUGUCAGCAUAUGGUUUUAAUCGGUUCAAUAUGAUCUUCAGGUGACCUUGCCUGGAUGGCUUAUUAGGCUAAUUGUGCGAUAGUUUUGGCAUAGCUCUAGGUUACGUUUUCUUGGGAGGGUGACGAUGAGCGAUUGGGUACAUGCUUUGCGCCAUUCUCCUGUAAGCCAGAUUUUGUUACAAAUAUUGAAUAGUGCACUUAUCAUUGCUUCUCCUCCUUGUUUCAUCAACUGGGCAGGGAUAUUAUCCACUCCGACGGCCUUUCCUGUUUGGAGUGCCUGGACUCACUGUUCAUUGGUCACAUGAAAAUGUGCAUUGGCCACAUGAAACUGUUCAUUGGUGACAUGAAAAUGGUCAUUGGCCACAUGAAACUGUUCAUUGUUCACAUGAAAAUGUGCAUUGGCCACAUGAAACUGUUCAUUGUUCACAUGAAAAUGUGCAUUGGCCACAUGAAACUGUUCAUUGGUCACAUGAAAAUGUGCAUUGGCCACAUGAAACUGUUCAUUGUUCAACUGAAAAUGUGCAUUGGCCACAUGAAACUGUUCAUUGUUCACAUAAAACUGUUCAUUGGUCACAUGAAAAUGUGAAUUGGUCACAUGAAACUGUUCAUUGGUCAAAUGAAACUGUUCAUAGGUCACAUGAAAAUGUUCAUUGGUCACAUGAAACUGUUCAUUGGUCACAUGACACUUCAUUGGUUACAGUGAACUGUUCAUUGGUCACAUGAAACUGUUCAUUGGUCACAUGAAACUGUUCAUUGGUCACAUGAAACUGUUCAUUGGUCACAUGAAACUGCUCAUUGGUCACAUGAAAGUGUUCAUUGGUCACAUGAAACUGUUCAUAGGCCAAUGAAACUGUUCAUUUGUCACAUGAAGCUGUUUAUUGAAAUAACUAGGCUUACAGAUGUGUGUGUGUGUUGUUCGUCCGUCGAAGUCGACAAGGACCAUCGAAUCAUCCGGUUAGGGGCGGGCGGGGGGGUUGGGAUUACGGUGAGCUCUUAGGUGGCUUGUUAGACCAAUCCUUGCACGGAAUAAUCUAUGACACCGUGGGCAUGGAAUAGUUGCUUCAGACGAUAAAUGCGAUGAUAGUAAUAUACAUUUUGGAGAUAGAUUCAGAAAGACGUUGCAACGUUGCUUUAGUUUCGUUCUUCCUCUUAUUUUAUUCCUUCUUUAUGCACGUUUGACGAGGUAUCUGCGAUCUUGACAUCUUUCACAUUAAAUCGCAUAUUAGCAUUACCCACGAGCCUACCUAUAUAUAGACUACAUUAAUCCAAAUGGAACAAACUAGGCCUGCAUACAAACUAAUCAAAAGAUAAGCACAUGUUGACCACUGAAAGUGCAUGCCACCAUCUUGGAUUUUAAAUCUAUUGAUAAUUAUUUUUGUCUGAAUUGUCGUACCAAUAUUUUUAUUUGUCUGAUCCAAUGACAGAAAUGACGUCACAGAAAGUGGUUAUCGUUGGAGCAGGAGCAGCCGGGGUCACCUGCGCGGCUUGGCUGAUCAAACACGGGGUCAAGGACGUAACGGUACUAGAGGCCCAGGAUUAUAUAGGUGGCAGGAUCAAGGCAGAAAUAGUUGGUUAGAGAGUUUAAUAAUGUAACUACUUUAAUAGUUGGUUAGAGAGUUCAGUUAUAUGACUUUAAUAGUUGGUUACAGAGUGAAAUAAUAGAAAUACUUUAAUAGUUGUUAAGAGAGUUUAAUCAUAGAACUUCUAUAAUACUUGGUUACAGAGGUCAAUAAUAAUAUUGCUACUUUAAUAGUUAGUUCGAGAGUUAAAUAAUAAGGCUCCUUUCAUCUUUCGAAAAGACCAUUCAUUUCCAAAUAUUUUUUUUUCUAACAUUCGUGAUUUCUUUCUACUUAAUUUCCUUUUGAUCUGUGUCUCCUAGGUCUGAUGUGCAGGCCUAAUCUAGUUUCAUUUAAUUCUUAAAAUUGUAUUUUUAUAUAAAAAUAACCUUAGGUCUACCAUGCAGACUUCAAAACAAAAAUUAUUUUGACAACUGGACACCCAAGAUUUGCAUUUCUUUUAAAAACGUGUUGACUUAGAAGGAUAAAAACUCCCAUUCAAAAUAUUUCUUUUUUAUUUUUUUUGUUUUUUUUUUUUGUGUUUUUUUUUUUUUUUUUUUUGGGGGGGGGGGGGAUUCUGAGACUGUAUGCUAUUAUUUAUUUUCCGAGUGAUUGUAAUUUAUGCUAAUUUAUGCUAAUUUAUGUAUCCCCUCAACAAUGUUUAGAUUAAGGCAGGAGUGUCAGUCAAAAAAUUAUACUGAGAAGUGUUCAUGUCAUUAAUGGCGUUUAUAAUCUUGAAUUAAAAUAGAUCUCUUUUUCCAGAUGGCCAAAACCUUGACCUUGGGGCACAGUUUGUGCAUGGCAGGGAGGGCAACCCAGUGUAUGAGAUAGCCUGUAAAAUUGGACUGGCCAUUUAUCCUGAUCCCGCCACUGAUAACCAUGAUGAUGACGACACCCACCUGAUCCAAGUGCCAGAGGAAUUCUUUACCUCAAGCGGCCAGAAGGUAUACCUGAAAGACGACUUCUUUUUGCUUGAUAUAAAUAGUAGGAAAAAUCUCAUUUCAAAAUCAUGCAAAGUCAAUCCUGCAAAAAUCAAUACUAUCAUUUCAUCAUGAAAUGCCAUAUUUUUAAGCAAAUUUAUCAAUUACUAGUUGAUCUAUGCCUAAGAUGGGGGUAUUGUGGAGGGUUACCGGCCAUCUGACCAGGGUAUUUCCCUGGGAUGACUGGUUCGGACCUGGAUGCAACAGGGGUGGGGGUAGCGACCGACUGAUCAAAGGGCGGGCGCGUCAGAUUUCAGACCUGGGAAGAAACUCUAUGGUUUGGGACUUAUAAAUAAGGACCUCUGGACGGGACUGGACGGGACUGGACAGAACUCAGCGGGACAGAGAAGCGAACAGUCAGGGAGUGCUCCGACGGUAGGAGUAGAGGGCAGUCAGAGUUGCGAGAAGAGAGAAAGUAUAAGCGAAGUAUCAGCCGCAUAAAAGAACAAGAUUAUAAUCAUCAAAUGUUAUCGCCUGAGUUGCUUCCUUAGUGAAUACCAGAUAUAGAUGAAGGUUAGCAGAGAGCAAACAAGAUUUCCUUACAAGUUGAUGCACAGAUUAAUUUACAACUCUGAAUGAAUAAUGCAGUUGAACAUAGCCCGUAUUUCUCAAUAUUUUUUUUUAUGAUGUGAAUUUUGAGAUAAACGAUUAGAUAAUUUAACAAAUCCCUAUAUGAUGAAUAGAUCAGGAUUAAACCCCUUGGUAGAAAAGGAUUAUACCCCUUGAUAAAUCAGGAUUAAACCCCUUGGUAAAUCAGGAUUAAACCCCUUGAUAGAUCCGGAUUAAACCCCUUGGUAGAUCAGGAUUAAACACCUUGGUAAUCAGGAUUAAACCCCUUGGUAGAUCAGGGUUAAACCCCUUGGUAGAUCAGGAUUAAAACCCCUUGGUAGAUCAGGAUUAAACCCCUUGGUAGAUCAGGAUUAAACCCCUUGGGUAGAUCAGGAUGAAACCCCUUGGUAGAUCAGGAUUAAACCCCUUGGUAGAUCAAGAUUAAACCCCUUGGUAGAUCAGGAUUAAACCCCUUGCCGUUAAAGGUGAGGAGCUUGAUGAGGAGACCUAAAAUUUUUAGUGCCAUGGAUUUGUUGGUACAGGUGCCAUCACGUAUAUUAUAACACUUGAGUCACAUCUUUGAACUUAUUCGGUACAUUGCCUUGCUUAAACCCCCACAUCAUGUAUCUCUUUCAUCUAUCCGAGCUUGGCCACCCCAUUCAUAGGCAUACGAGUACUUAAGAUUGUUACAAAAAAUUUGACAUCGACCUAACAUCUUUGUUUUCUACAUUUGAUAAGUGCCAACAUAAAAAUUUUGACUUGUCUCAAAUGAAGCUGUCUCACAAGGAGACGAACCAGCUGGUGGAGUUCCUCACCAAACAGCUGUUCAAGGAGGCCACAGAUGACACCGUGGAAAUAGAUGACGAAGGGAGGAGUGAAGGGGAGUGCUAUGAGGAGGCGUACAGGAAAUUCUUAGAAGACAAUGGGCAGAAACUCAGCCCCAGACAGAGGGAAACCUGUGAUGCCAUUUUUAGGUAAUCUGACAGUCUGAAAGGUUGCGGUGACAUUUGUUGAAAGUUUGUUGUUUUUUUUAUUUUUUAUUCCAUUUACUGUCCAUGAAGUGGUUCUGUGGAGAUCUUAUCUUUAUAUCAACAAUUUUUGUGGUUAAAGUAAGUUGAACUUUUAAAGUACAUCAUUUGACACUUGGGCAGAAUUUUUAAGGCUAUUAUCCUUAUUGAUUUUUUUUAAAGAAGGAUUUUAAAAAAAAAAUUGUAACUGCUCCUGUUUUAUUGUUUUAAGAUUAAGCAUUCUUAACCUGGCUUUGCUUUUUGAUUUCCUCGUAUUAAUAAAUAAAGAUAGGAAAUAAUCUUUUUUUAUUUGAGUACUCUUAUAAAGAAAUUAUAUCCGUUCCGAAAUGUCCAGGUGGUACAGCGCCUAUCAAUCCAUCGAUACAGCAGCGGCAGAUCUAAGGGAAUUGUCUGUUUGGGCCUUGAGUCUGUACCGAGUGCUGAGGGGGCCAAGGUUCACCUACAUUCAUGGAGGCCUAACAGCCAUUUUGAAUGCUGUUGUUGACCUUCUUCCCAGGGACGUUAUACGACUGAACACUCCUGUGGCUAACGUAGACUGGGUGAGUCUUAUAUAGACUGGGUGAGUCUUACAUAGAAUGGGUGAGUCUUACAUAGACUGGGUGAGUCUUACAUAGACUGGGUGAGUCUUACGUAGACUGGGUGAGUCUUACAUAGUCUUGAUGAGUCUUACAUAGACUAGUUGAGUCUUACGUAGACUGAGUGAGUCUUACAUAGAUCUGACAAAGAUGGGCUCAGUUUUACUUAGAUCUGACAGAUUUUGAGACUAUUGCAUACCGGUACAUCUAACACAGACAGGUGAGUCUUACAUACAUCUAACAUGAACUGGGUGACUCUCACGUACAUCUAACAUAGACUGGGCUAGUCCUACAUACAUCUGUAAUAGACUUAGUGACUCGACAUGUAGGACUAGGACUUUCCAGUGAUUUGACUUGAGCUGCAACCGGGUAAGUAAAUGUAAGGAUGCUAUAAGAAAAUGGACGCAAUAGAAAAUGCUUGACCAUACUUGUUACAAUGGGCUUUAAAUACUUGACAAUACUUUUUAAAUUUGAUUUUCCAGUUUCAAAUAUACAGAGACAAGUAAUUAAAAUAGGUUGAUCAAUGAGAAACAUUUAGUAGGCUGAAACUUAAGCCAAUCACAUACCAUAAACAGCUAACCUAUACUGGCCGACAAUGAUAAUGUUGCACUAUGUGGUGCUAAUGGGUACAACUAAAGACAUAUCAAUUUAAUUGUGUGCGAUGGUGGAGGUGGGAGGGUGGAUGGUGGAGGUGCGGUGGUGGAGGUGGGAGGGUGGAUGGUGGAGGUGCGGUGGUGGAGGUGGGAGGGUGGAUGGUGGAGGUGGGAGGUUGGAUGGUGGAGGUGGGAUGGUGGAGGUGCGAGCGUGGAGGUGGGAGGGUGGAAGUGGGAAGCUGGAGGUGGGAGGGUGGAAGUGAGAAGCUGGAGGUGGGAGGGUGGAAGUGGGAAGCUGGAGGUGGGAGGGUGGAGAUGGAAGGGUGGAGGUGGAAGGGUGGAGGUGCGAGGGUGGGUAUCCAGUAAUAUUUUCUCUUAAUUUUAAGUCAGUGGUUCUGUUAGAUUUCACAUGACCCUUCUGUUAUCCAACGGACAGUCUCAGGUCCAGGAGGAUCCAGUGUCUGGUCAAAUAAGUGUGACAUGCAAAAAUGGGGAAGUCUUUCCGGCUGAUUAUGUCAUCGUGACCUCCAGUUUGGGAUAUCUACAGGCCACACAUCAGGAGAUGUUUACCCCAGGUCUGCCUCAAGAGAUGCAGGCCGCUCUCAGCAAUUUUGGCUUCGGUGGCAUUGGGAAGGUAAGUCUAAUAUUCAAAUCUGUUCAAAUAUUACUAUCCUUUUAGGUUUUUUGCUGUGCCCGUUUUCACUAUAUUCAGUGGCAUAUCUAGUUUUAGUGCCACACCCCCCUCCAAUUCCACAAAAAGAAUUCUACAGUUGGCCGAAAAUGCCGCCCGACUAUAUAAAGAAAUAAAGUGCUGCCGUGGGCGGACCCCAUUCUGCCCACCCCACUUUACCACUUAUCAGAUUCCUUAACAAAUGGAACUGGAUAAAAUUUAAAGCAUCACAAAUUUUUUUAAUAAAUCUCCUCAUUUGUGAUGUUUCAGGUGGCAUUAACAGCAGAUUGUUAAUUACAUGAUUCUCUCUACUGACCUCAGAAGUUGAACUAUUUUGCUUUACCUAGGGAUGACCUCCGCCAUAAGUAUAGCUGCCUGACUGUGUUGAUGAGUGCCUCCCGCCUGGUUAAAUGGCUAUGGCCAUGGUGGACAGUGAGCAGUCCAAUCUCAUGAGUUCGUGGUCGAGAGGCAGACUCACCAAUGGACAUUCUUUCUGUAUCGCUAACCCAAGACAUAAAUUUUCAAAAACCGAAUCGCUACGCAAAUUCUCUUCAUGUAAAAACCACCUGAAUCUCAAACUAGUGAGAUAACGAUGCAACGUCACUCUUUAUUCAUAGUUUAACUAACCACACAAUGUCAUUCUUAUUUUUAAUUUAACUUUUUUUAAUAUUAUUUUGUUAAAUUAAUCUUGAUGCAUUUAUCUAAAUUUUUUUUUUACAUUUCAAAAUUAAAAAAAAAAAAAUAUUUAAAUCACAAUUGGCUCAGAAAGUGAUAACAGUGGGAGACAUUGAUCAAUUAAUUUACUCAGAUUUCACAACGUUAAAUAUAACAGUUGUAUCAAAAAUUGGCUCAGACAGUGGGUACAUUGAUCAAUUAAUUUACUCAGAUUUCACAACGUUAAAUAUAACAGUUGUAUCAAAAAUUGGCUCAGACAGUGGGUACAUUGAUCAAUUAAUUUACUCAGAUUUCACAACGUUAAAUAUAACAGUUGUAUCAAAAAUUGGCUCAGACAGUGGGAGACAUUGAUCAAUUAAUUUACUCAGAUUUCACAACGUUAAAUAUAACAGUUGUACCAAAAAUUGGCUCAGACAGUGGGAGACAUUGAUCAAUUAAUUUACUCAGAUUUCACAACGUUAAAUAUAACAGUUGUAUCAAAAAUUCUUUUAAAUCAGGUUUCAAUCAAAUUGUUCAGUGCAAAAUGAGGAAAAUAUGGAAUUUCUUUAAGAAAUAUUCUUUGUAACAUAAUUCAGAUGAAUAAUAUAUAUCUUAAAACUACUAAUUUAAAAAUAAAAAAUAAAUUAUUAUUAAAAUUAAAUUUAAAACUUAAUAAUAAUUUAAGCAGUUUAUGACAUAAUAAAAAAUUACAUUGAAAUUUUUGAUGUAAACAAUUCUGGCCUUGAUUUUUUAAACUCUUAACUGAUAUUUGGUGACUUGAUAUAAGUAAAAUCUUUUUAAAGAAGUUGGACUGCCCAUUACUGUUAUUUGAGAAAAUAUUUUAUCUUGAGUAAAUACCAUAAUGUAUAGCAUGAUAUGAAGAUUCAUAAGUGAAGUCUUUAUUAUAGAACUCUUUACUUCCAGUACCUUUUAAUGAGAUCUUCACCACUAAGAUCUUUACCUUUACUUUAAAGAUCUUUCUAAAAUGGGAUGAGCCCUUUAUUGGCCUCAACGGCACAACAAAGAAUGGUGAUGUCAGAUCAUUUGAACUGCUGUGGCUCGACUCUCAUCCCCUCAACAUCACCAGCGACAGGUGUCCUGAGAAGACACGAGUAAGUCCAGCCUCAUUUUGGUCAAAGGGACAUAACAACAUGCAAUAAAAGGGGAAUCACUGUGUUUAUAGAGGUAAAAUGGAGAAUUCUGUUUGUUUAAUUGGACAUAACAAGAAAUAAAAAGAAAGCAAAGUGUUUUUGUAUGUGUCAUUGUCUAAUUAACUUUGUACAUUGUGCAUUUAAAUAGAUUAUUAAAUAAUAAAUAUAUAUAUGGGCUGAAAUCGUAAUUUGAUUUACGCUUACAGACUAUUCACUGAUCAAAAUUUCACACUCGACAACUCUAAAAUAGAGCAGAUAUUACAGCCCUAAUACAAAACCUGGGCAGCCACAUGACAUGGAAAUGUUGAUGAUGUGUUCCCAUGGUGUUUUGUGAAUAACAUCAAAUUUAGAAACCCAUUUCCCUCUCCACCUAAAUUAUAGGAGAACAUUUCUUUUUUAAUCAAAAGAUCAUGUUUCAGUUUUUGCUCUUCAACCAUGGAAAUUCAGCUGAAAAUCAUUUUUUAACAUUUGUUGGAAAGCUGAAAAUGAUAAGACAGAUAAGAGAGAUAAGACUGAUAAGAUAGAUAGAUAGAUAGACACAUUAAAAAGUAAAAUGCAAAAGAUAAAGAAGUAAUAUAAAAGAAAUUACGAAUGUUAUUCAAUUGAGAUGAAACUAGUUCAACUUAAAACUUUGGGAAUUUACUUUCUUUUUCUUUAUACUAUAGUUCGGAAAGCCUUGGUGGUAUGGUAUACAUUCUGUUGAGACCGUCUACGGAAACCCAAACAUCUUGGAGUUUUGGUUAAAUCGUGAGCAGGUAGGUUCCUUUCGUCACACAUUUUUAAAACCAUAUUUGUCAUAAAUAAUAGUCACUGAAUGUCCUAGAUGAAGGCUCUACAGUAAAAUUUUAUCACUGAAUGUCCUAGAGUCCUCGAUGAAGGCUCUACAGUAAAAUGUUAUCACUGAAUGUCCUAGAGUCCUCGAUGAAGGCUCUAUGACAAAAUGUUAUCACUGAAUGUCCUAGAGUCCUCGAUGAAGGCUCUACCACAAAAUGUUAUCACUGAAUGUCCUAGAGUCAUCGAUGAAGGCUCUAUGACAAAAUGUUAUCACUGAAUGUCCUAGAGUCCUCGAUGAAGGCUCUAUGACAAAAUGUUAUCACUGAAUGGCCUAGAUGUAGGCUCUAAAACAACUUGUUAUUGUAACUGAUUGUCCUAAAUAGAGGAUCUAAAACAAAUUAUUAUUGUCACUGAAUGUCCUAGAUGAAUUCUCUAAAACAAAAUGCUAUUGUCACUGAAUGUCCUAAAUGAAGGCUCUAAAACAAAACCUCAUUAAUUAAUGUCAUAGUAUUAGAAUAUGAAUUUGUAAAUCUCAUGUGUCACCAUAUUCCAUUUUUUUCCUUAUGUGAUUUCAUGUCUAAACUUUUAGGCAAAGAUCAUGGAAACAUUAGAUGAAUCAGAGGUCAAGGCCGUCUGUCAUGAAAUCCUUCAGAAUUUCUUCAAGGAUAUAAAAAUACCAGAAAUCUCUGCUAUAUAUAGGUCAUUAGAGUUAUUCGAAUCCCUUUGUCUCAUAAGACUGUUUUAAAGCUGCUUAGGCAGCUUCUGUUUUCUAGGUUUUUAAAAACAAUUUCCUUAAUUGUUUUUCCCUUUAAAUUUUUAUAAAUAAUAUUCUACUUUGUCUGAGCCCCAUUAAUUUUUCUAAAUAAUAACAUUCUACUUUGUCAAGACCCCCUAUGUUGCAUUAAUUUUUCUAAAUAAUAAUAUUCUACUUUGUCUAAACCCCCUUAAUUUGUAUAAAUAAUAAUAUUAUACUUUGUCAGGACAAUGUGGGUGAGCAAUCCUUAUACACAAGGUACUUACAGUUUUCUGUCUUCAAGAAUCAAAAAGGAUGAUCUGAAUAAUCUGGGGAAGCCACUACCCUCAUCAAAUGUAAGUAAAAAUCUGAGGCAGCCACUACCCUCAUCAAAUGUAAGUAAAAAAGCUGGGGCAGCCACUAGCUUCAUCAAAUGUAAGUAAAAAAUUUGGGGCAGCCACUAGCCUCAUCAAAUGUAAGUAAAAAUCUGGGGCAGCCAAUACCCUCAUCAAAUGUAAGUAAAAAUCUGGGGCAGCCACUAGCCUCAUCAAAUGUAAGUAAAAAUCUGGGGCAGCCACUACCCUCAUCAAAUGUAAGUAAAAAUCUGGGGCAGCCACUAGCCUCAUCAAAUGUAAGUAAAAAUCUGGGGCAGCCAAUACCCUCAUCAAAUGUAAGUAAAAAUCUGGGGCAGCCACUAGCCUCAUCAAAUGUAAGUAAAAAUCUGGGGCAGCCACUACCCUCAUCAAAUGUAAGUAAAAAUCUGGGGCAGCCACUACCCUCAUCAAAUGUAAGUAAAAAUCUGAGGCAGCCACUAGCCUCAUCAAAUGUAAGUAAAAAUCUGGGGCAGCCACUACCCUCAUCAAAUGUAAGUACAAAUCUGAGGCAGCCACUAGCCUCAUCAAAUGUAAGUAAAAAUCUGAGGCAGCCACUACCCUCAUCAAAUGUAAGUAAAAAUCUGAGGCAGCCACUACCCUCAUCAAAUGUAAGUACAAAUCUGAGGCAGCCACUAGCCUCAUCAAAUGUAAGUAAAAAUCUGGGGCAGCCAAUACCCUCAUCAAAUGUAAGUAAAAAUCUGAGGCAGCCACUACCCUCAUCAAAUGUAAGUACAAAUCUGGGGCAGCCACUACCCUCAUCAAAUGUAAGUAAAAAUCUGGGGCAGCCACUAGCCUCAUCAAAUGUAAGUACAAAUCUGAGGCAGCCACUAGCCUCAUCAAAUGUAAGUAAAAAUCUGGGGCAGCCACUAGCCUCAUCAAAUGUAAGUAAAAAUCUGGGGCAGCCACUAGCCUCAUCAAAUGUAAGUAAAAAUCUGGGGCAGCCAAUACCCUCAUCAAAUGUAAGUAAAAAUCUGGGGCAGCCACUAGCCUCAUCAAAUGUAAGUAAAAAUCUGGGGCAGCCACUACCCUCAUCAAAUGUAAGUAAAAAUCUGGGGCAGCCACUAGCCUCAUCAAAUGUAAGUAAAAAUCUGGGGCAGCCACUACCCUCAUCAAAUGUAAGUAAAAAUCUGGUGCAGCCACUAGCCUCAUCAAAUGUAAGUAAAAAUCUGGGGCAGCCACUACCCUCAUCAAAUGUAAGUAAAAAUCUGGGGCAGCCACUAGCCUCAUCAAAUGUAAGUAAAAAUCUGGGGCAGCCACUAGCCUCAUCAAAUGUAAUUAAAAAUAUGGGGCAGCCACUAGCCUUAUCAAAUGUAAGUACAAAUCUGAGGGUAUGACAAAGUGUUUUAGAAGGUUUUAGGCUUCUAAUAAAUCAAUUUAUUUUUGUUGCUCAUGCGGUUUAUGUCAGCUUUAUACAAGUCCUUAUUUCUUUAAUUGGUUGGGAAACUUUUAGUAUAGAGUAAAAAAAAAAAGAAAAGUAAAAAAUUUUAUAAUCAUUAUUUUAUUGCAUAUGCUUCAAAAGUAAAUAAAAAUACAAAAUAACAAAAACAGAUUAUCAAAAAAUUUCAUUUUUUAAUAAAUACAUGAACUUAUGAAAAUCAAAUUUAUGUUUUUAAUGACACAGAAAUAACUGGAUCGAUUUGCUAUAUUUUUUGUUUUCUUUAACAUUUCCUUAAAUUUUACAUUAUGAUAGGUGCUCCUAGAUGUUUACAAAAUUAUGAAUAUUGAUGUAUUUGUUGGUUUUUUUUUUUUUACUUUUUAUUACAGAAUCCACGGGUUCUGUUUGCUGGUGAGGGUUACGCCAAUGAGUUCAUAUCCACUGUGCAUGGCGCAAUGCUCAGUGGCCAGAAGCAAGCCAAUGUGAUACUAAACGACCAGGGUAUCAAACCCUCAAGUAAACUUGUUGACCUUAUUUAGAAUCUUUACACGAUCACAUGACCAAAUGCUGAUUGAAGCAGGAAGUGACAUGCCAUUUUCUCUACAUCUAUAGUAUUUUACUUUGGAGUUUUUCUUUCUGCCCAUUUUAUCAUGAGAACCGUUUAAUUGUUAUAAAAUACAAUUUUAUGAUUAUAUUUAAAUAAUGUUGAUUAUUUAUGUUAUCAUGUUUUAUCAUAAAAUGAGAAUCUUUAUCAAAUUUAAAAUCAUAUUUAUGCCAAUACCAAGAUAAUAAAGUAAAUAAUAUAUUAUAUCAUGAUCAUUUGGUGUCAGCAAUGCCUGUUUCGUUGACCAAUCAUUUGAAAACUAUGGUUUAAAAUGUUAAUAAAGCAUUUACCAUUUUAUGUCAUUUAAAUUUUCAUGGAAUCCUAAUA